AUGAGGGUGGCAUUUGUCAUAAUAUUAGCUCUCUCCUUAAUUUGCGUAAGAUCAAACCCGACUAGUAAAGAUGUGUUGGUUUUGAUUGAAAAUAUUGUCAUUCGUGACACACACUCUCGGUUUUUCAAAUCCCUCACAGAUCGUGGUUAUCAAUUAACUUUUAAAUACGCUGAUGACUCGACUCUUAAUUUAAAGCAGUUUGGGGAAUAUAAUUAUCAGCAUGUUAUUAUUUUUGCGCCCUCCACUAGAGAGUUCGGCGGUUAUGUUAAUGUGAAGGCACUAACUGAUUUUGUUGAUCAAGGUGGUAAUGUUCUUGUAGCUGGUGGUCCUGAAGUUGGUGAGGCUGUUAGAGACUUUGCAAGUGAAUGUGGGGUUGAGUUCGAUGACUCAAACUCCUAUGUUAUUGAUCAUAAUAACUAUCACGAAAUGGACAGUGGUGAACAUACCCUUGUAAUUGCAAGUCCAGAGAAUGCAAUUGAUGUUCCAAUUAUAACUGGCGCUUUCAAGAACCCAAUUUUGUAUCGUGGUGUUAGUAUCACAUCUGAUCCUACAAGUCCUCUCCUUAUGAAUAUUCUUCAUGGAUCUCCAACAUCUUAUUCGCAUGAUCCAAGGACACCCAUUUCUCAAUAUCCCACGACGGUCGGGAAGAAUACUCAAUUGGUUAGUGCUUUGCAAGCUCGUAAUAAUGCUCGCGUUGUGUUUACGGGUUCAAUUGAGAUGUUCUCCGAUGCUUUCUACGAAUCCCCGGUUGUAAAUAAAGUAACCAAUAAGAGGUCUGAGCUUUCCAGCAAUGCCGAAUUUGCCGACCAUCUUCUCCGGUGGAACUUUCAGGAGUCCGGUGUUUUACGAAUUUCUAACGUCACGCAUUAUAAAGUUGGUGAAUCUUUCCCUCGUAGAGAGUAUACUAUAACUGAUGAGAUUAUCUACAAAAUUGAUAUUGAGGAAAAGGAUGAGAAUGGUUUCUGGCGUGACUAUGUUGCAAAUGAUGUUCAAUUAGAACUCAUCAGAAUUGAUCCAUUCAUCCGUCGCUAUCUUAAGCACACGGGUCACACAUAUGAAAUGAAAAUGCAGCUUCCUGACGUAUAUGGAGUUUUCAAGCUUGUGGUUGACUAUAACCGCCCUGGCUAUACUUCAAUUUUUAGUGCUUCUCAGAUUUCGGUCCGACCAUUCACUCAUACCCAAUAUGAGAGGUUCAUUAUUUCGGCUUAUCCCUAUUACGCUAGUUCAAUCUCAAUGAUGAUUGGAGUUUUCUUCCUCUCAUUUGUCUACCUCUAUGUGAAGGAAGAUAAACCCAAGAAGAAGGCUGAAUGA